AUGGCGAAACGGGAAGGUGACUACUACAGGAGGAUUACUGACGCUAUUUUAAACGUAUCGAAUAACGGUACUGACCCGAAAUUGAGAGAACUGCUGAAUAGACUCGGUGGAGUGGUCAACACGAAAACAGAGAAUAUUGCAACGCCUGUCAGAGUACAAUCUGUUGAUCCAUCCCUACUGGACAGUAAAUUCAAAGAACAGAAUGGCAUGCUGUUGAAACUGUUUACGGACGAAGUAGGCGGACAUACAGAUUCCUUGGGAGGUUAUACAGGCCCAGAGAAGGAGAAAUAUGCAUACAGAGGGGCAGACAGGUUAGAUACGCAAACGCCAUACAAAUCGAUCCCAAAAUCUUAUAAACCACAAUCAAGCAUAGAUAGACCCUUUGUUUGUGCGAAAUGCCACAUGAAUUUUCUGAGGUGCUCCGAUCUGAGAAGACACGAGAAGAUACAUUUGCCCGUGCUCCCCAACAUAUGCUCGCAAUGCGGCAAAGGGUUUGCAAGAAAGGACGCCCUGAAGAGACAUGUUAACACACUUGCGUGUAAAAGAAACAAGAAGAAAAUAGCUUCUCUAGUGAGCAACGAAAGUAACAGAACAAACAGUCAUACCAGUUCAACCUCAAAUAAAUAA